AUGGAGGUUUCUGCCUCGACCUCAGCCCGCCAAGACGAGCCGGCCACAGGGGUCUCAUCCUCAUCUGGUUCUCCACUCCAGGCAUUGACCGAGCGACAAGAAUCGCGACUGGUACUCUUCCUCGAUCAACAACUCUUGCUGCUCUCCCAAGCGUUCGAAUCACGUUCCUCACCCAACUCGGCCCAUCGCACACUGGCGUCUUAUUUGGGGGCCGUAAGUCUGUACCUCGAAUGCUCCGCUUCGUAGGCUCCCCGGCUGGCUCCCCACAUGAGACGAGCAGCUGAUCCAGGUUCUCAACCUCCCUGUCCACGCAUACACGCAGCUCACUACCCUCCUCACCAACAUGAUCCUGACGAUCCCACCGAUUGAACCUUCCCAUUCGUUACGAGUCGCAUACGCACUGACCUUGACGGGAUUACUCGCCCCCGCGAUCAAAGCCUAUCCGGUCCCCGAGGCGAGCUUGCCGAUCCUGUGGGCGACUGUCAAGACGUUUGACCAAGCAUGGAUCAGGAUACUACUAUUGCGGCCAUCAGGCCCUUCACAUCCAGAUCAAGUCCCUUUCGACCUCGAGGAGAUCUCGAUUGCCAGUUCGAGUACGGGCACGAGUUGGACCGUUCGCGCUCGGCUUUCGAGUUUGAUCGGCGAGAUUCGUCGAUCGACCGCCAUGGCUUUGGGGAUCGCUUCGUUCGAGUCGGAGAGGAGAAAAGCGUACAACCCACGAGGGGAGGUCGUGCAGCCCAGGAUAUGGGACGGCGAGGAAAGGAACGCUUUGGAACAGGUCGGGCUCGGCGAUUUGGAUGAUGGCUAUCGGGAGGAGAGUUCGCCGGGGAGUCAGGCUGUCAAAAUGGAAGGAAAUGGUAGCCUAGGCCGGGGGACGAUGGAAGGUGAGAGCAUCAAGAUGGAAGAAGAUGGGGAUGACGACGGCGACGACGAGGACGACGAGGAUGGCUUCGAGGAAGUGGACGUCAUGGAGGAAGAGGCCCAGGACGAUGUUCCGGCCUCGGUCGAAGUCCACUUCAAGCCACCACCAGCACGCCUCCCAAUAGCGACUUUCCCGCCUCAUUCGACAGAGUUGAAGAAAGGCUUUGACCCGGAUCUGGAGUAUCCCGACUCGGAUGACGAUGCACGAAGGGGCGAGGAUGAGGACCGGACUGCAGAAGAGGAAACAAAUGCGAUUUUUGAGAAAACGUUGCAGGUGCUCAGUGCGAUGGCCCAGCAGGGGUGA